AUGGGCAUCAAAUCAUCUUAUUAUUCUCACAUCACCAAUCGAACAGUGUGGGAGCAGGCAGGGAACUUUGCAUCUUCAGAGAUCUUGGUUCUUUUGGGCCAGAACGGCUGCGGGAAGACCACGUUCAUCCGCAUGCUGGCUGGAUUGUUAAAUCCGGAUGACAUCAAAGAAGGCGAGGAGAUUCCGAAGCUUAAUGUCUCCUACAAACCGCAGACGAUAAGUGCAAAGUUUGAAGGCACUGUGAAGGACCUGUUCUUGAUGAAGAUCCGCGAUGCGUUCAUGCAUCCACAGUUCCAAACGGACGUUACAAAGCCCAUGCUCAUCGAUCAAAUUGCAGACCAUGAGGUGCAGACUCUCAGUGGCGGUGAGCUACAACGGGUCGCACUUGUGCUGGCUUUGGGCAAGCCCGCUGACAUCUACUUGAUCGAUGAGCCGUCUGCGUAUCUGGAUGUGGAGCAGCGUGUUGUUGCGGCACGGGUGAUGAAAAGGUUCAUAUUGCAUGCCAAGAAGACUGCCUUCAUUGUCGAGCAUGACUUCAUCAUGGCUACGUAUUUGGCGGACCGUGUCAUAGUUUACGAUGGCAAGCCCGGUAUCCAUUGCGUGGCAUCGGCUCCAAUGUCGCUGCUCGAGGGCAUGAACAAGUUCUUGGCGCAGCUGGAGAUCACCUUCCGAAGGGAUCCAACCAACUACCGCCCUCGAAUCAACAAAGCAGAGUCAGUGAAGGACCGGGAGCAAAAACAGGCAGGCAGCUACUUCGUCAUGGAGGAGUGA